UCUUUUCCAGUGUUGUGGUGGUUUCUUGGAGAUAGAAUGGAGGAACCGGGGAAGAGCCCUUCAGGUGUCAAGCAGACCAUUGCCGUCCCUGGAGAAAGUUUUUCUUGUGGGCCUGAAAAAGCUGGUCGCAAGGUGAGGGAGUUGGACAUAAACGAGCCACCUGCUGACAAAGAUGAGGAAGAGAAAGAGGAAGAGGACGAGGAGGAGAUCCUGAUGGGAGGAGCAGAUGAUAGUGAGGAUGGAGAAAAUGGAAACCCACGGCCCAAAAGGCUCCGCCUCUCCGAGGAGCAAACCCAGUUGCUGGAAGACACAUUCAGGAAGAACUGUGUCCUCAGCCACAGCGCCAAGGAGGAGUUGGCUCCGAAGGUGAAGCUGACGCCGCGCCAGGUGGAGGUCUGGUUUCAGAACCGGCGGGCUCGGAUCAAACUGAGACGGGCCAAGAAUGAAUGCAAAUUGCUAAAGCAGCGGUUCAAGUUACUGAUGGAGGAGAACCAGAGGCUCCAGCAAGAGGUGAAGGAGCUACAUGCCCUUCUUGUGGCUGCACGCACCACCACCAUCAUCAUGUGCCCUAGAUGCAAGCGCGUCACCUCGGUGGCUGGCAUCCAGCGCUGCUCCAAAACUCCCGAUACCAACCUUAGCCUUUAAAGCGAAACCCUAGACAUGGUUAAGUUCGGAAUAUUGGGAGAUGAUGUAUGCAUGAAAGAUAAGGAGGGAUGUCUCCAGGAUAUUUGAAAUAAUCCAUUGCAUGUUU